CACAGCCCAAGCCCAUCGCCUUCCUCCACGUCCCCCCGCACACCCGGUCCUCUUAUCGCAUCAUUGUCGCUGUUUGAAUCCCCGUAGGGAAACGGGGAGUUUUGUUUCAUCAUAAUUUAAUUCCAGCCCCGUAUUGGUCUUCCUUCCUGACCAGGACAGACAGCCAUGGCGGAUGUGGCGGCCCUCGAGGCCGAGGUGAAGGAGUUCAAAUUGCAGCUCGAAACCGUGCAAUCGAGCUUACAGGUAGACCCCGAGAAUGCGGAAUUGCAGAGCCUAAAGGCUGAGCUUGAAGAAUUCAUAACUCUCACCGAAACCUCCAUCGCGGAGCUCAAGCCUCCCCCUCCGCCGACUGCGACCCGGAAAUCUCCCCCGCCCGCGCCCAAGGAGAAAUGGUCCAAGGAGAACCACCCCGCAUACCAAGCUGGGUAUCGCAGGCCCGCCGUGGAGUCUCCAGCGGAGGAAGCUCCCUCAACGCCUGCAACGUUCUCCGUCAAUGACAAUGUGCUUGCCCGCUGGGUGUCGGGCGAUAAUUCUUUCUACCCCGCCAGGAUCACCUCCGUCACCGGUUCCUCCAGCAACCCCGUAUAUAUUGUCUCCUUCAAGUCCUACGGGACCACGGAGACGCUGACCGCUAGAGAUAUCAAGCCGAUUUCCAGCACCAGUGACUCGCGCAAGCGCAAGGCUGAUGGAAUCCCAGGGACUCCGUCUCCUCCCACAGUGGCCGCCAACUCGAGCGUCAUCUCAGCCGCGGCUGAUAUCAAUCCGGCCCUGGCCAACCAGGCCCGCAAGGAACCCAACAAGAUUGGCGAAGGUCCUGCCCGGCCGGCCAAGGUUCCCAAAAAGGUGAAAGCGAACCGCGAGCUCGAAGAAGGCAAGAUGAAGUGGAAGGACUUUGCCAGCAAAGCCAAACUUGGACGGCCCGGAAAGAAGGAGAGUAUGUUCCGAACGCCAGAGGGAAUCAACGCUCGAGUUGGCUUCACAGGCUCCGGUCAGCAGAUGCGCAAGGAUCCCGGACGCAGUCGUCAUAUCUACCAACAAGCGGACGAGGAUAACUACUGAUUGCUCGUUCGGUGUUCAGCCUCCUAACUACUUAUGAUCUGUUUCCAUCACGCACUGACGAUCUUUCGGCGUUUUCAAAACC